CUGGCAUACGAAGUGUUAGAUAUAACUGUACAUAAAUAAAUACAUAUUAAAUAAAGUUGUAAGUGAAUCAGAGCUUAUUAUAAAUUAGAACCAUACACUUUACAUGGCGCUGCGAACAGUUUAAGCAUUUGGCAAUUAAAUAAAUAAAAGUAAUGGGUGAUAAUCGUGGAAUCUCUCCAAUGAAUAUGGAUGGAAACGUGGCCGAAAAUUGGAAGUUAUGGAGAUGCCGUUUCGAAAACUACCUAAUAGCAACUGAGAUCUGUAAGAAAAGUGAGUCGACGAAAUGUGCUCAAUUAUUACAUUACAUCGGGGAAGAGUGCUUCAGAAUUACACGACGUUCACAUUCGAAGAAGAGGAGAAGAACCAACUCUCGAAAUUGAUAGAUAAAUUUGAACAACAUUUUCUACCUAAGGAAAAUGUUUUUUUUCAACUAAAUGACCAAUCACUAGAAAAUUCUGUCACCAGUUUGAAAGAAGCUUCAAUGAAGUGUAAGUUGGGGAGCCUUCAGGAAAGUCUAACCAAAACUGUCCUUAUCUAUGGUAUACUGAACACCUCUACAAGGAAGAAAUUAUUACAAGAAGAUUAAGACGAUAAAAUGACGUUAGAAAAAGCUGUCCACAUAUGUCAGAUACUGGAAACAUCUAAACAAGGAAGUGAGGCAAUUCAAGAACAAAAUUACCAUGUAGAAGUGAACGCAGUAAACAGAAGAAAUCACAUAAAGUCAUGCAAGAGAUGUGGAGGAAACCAUGCAGUUAACAAUUGUCCAGCAUAUGGUAAAGAGUGCUUCAAUUGCAAGAAAAAACUUUUUUCCAGCUGCUGUAAUCAGAAGAGGACCAGAAGAGUCAAUAACGUGGAACAAGAAGUCGACGAAGUGAUACAAGUUUCAGACUCCGAAUUUAUUUAUACCGAUUCCGAGGGUGGAAUCAGUUUAUAUAAUGCAGAAAACUUGACGACGAAGGUUAUUAUGACGAAUUCUACUUUUCGACAAUAUGAUGCAGUGGAUUAUAAAAUCUCAAGUACUUUGAAACAAGUCCUCCUCAUUUGUGAUGUCCAGAAACUCUAUAAAUAUACUACAUUAGCCAAGUAUUAUAUUUAUGAAAUACAUACUAGGAUUAUAAAACCCUUAUCACAUAAGGAGUUAGAUAUUGAAGCUCCAUAUUUACAAUACGCCACGUGGUCACCAGAUGGGACAGGUGUUGCUUUCAUCCAUAACAACGACCUAUAUUAUAAGCCAAAAAUUGAUAAGAAUCUAGUCUGCAGAAUCACCAUGUCGGGAAUCCCAAAUGAAAUGUUUAAUGGAGUUCCAGAUUGGCUUUACGAGAAUGAGAUACUCAGAACGUCACAUGCAUUGUGGUUCUCCCCAGAUGGGGUAUACUUAUUGUACUUGAGCUUCAACGACACUAAUGUUGGAGAGUAUAAAUUCACUUGGUUUAAUGGCGGAAAUCCGAGCGAGAUGUAUCCAGAAAUCAGGUCUUUCAGGUUUCCAAAGCCUGAUACUCCUAAUCCAGAAGUGAAAGCUUGGAUAGUUAAUCUGACAACACCGAAAUACUUAUUUCCAAUCGAAUUAAAACCAACUUCUAGUGUUGAUCAUGGCAGCUACAUUACCCAUGCAAGUUUCUAUGCGGAGAAUGGUGUUAAUUUAGUGUGGUUAAAUAGGAAUCAGAAUAUUUCUGUAAUGGUCAGAUGUGAUAUUCAAAACAAUUAUAACUGUACCGAUUUUCAUGUAGAGAAAGAACACAUCGGUUGGACGGAGCCCAUCUUUCAUCCGGUUUUUUGCUAUAACGGAACACAAGCUUUAGUAAGACUUCCUGUGAAGGAUGGUGCCAAUGGACAUUAUAUGCACGCAUGUCAAGUAUUCAAUAACAACGUUGUACCACUGACUCAUGGCGCUUUUGAAAUAACUAAAAUUUUAGGAUGGGAAGAAGACAAACACAUUCUAUAUGCCAUAGCAACCAACGAAAACCAACCAGAUGUGCGUCAUCUUUUCAAAUUUGGAGAUAUGAACUCAAGUCAAUCUUGGACUUGUCUCACCUGUCAAGCUAAAAUUGACCCCAACGUGACAAACUCUUACUUUGCAGAGUACAUGAACGAAACAACUCUUAAUUAUAGUCUACUAUCAGGUUACAAAUGCGAAUUCAAUAAUGUGAUAUUCAGUAAAUCUUUCAAGUUUUAUAUACAAGAAUGUUUGGGACCAGAUAUUCCCGUAGUUUUCCUCGUUGAAACCACUCAGAAUGUAAGGAUGGCUGUGUUGGAUGCCGGUAGUAAAUUGAGAAAGAAAAUUAAAAAAUUUGCCCAGCCUCAAAUAAAGCAAAUACAAGUUGAGAUUGAGUUUGGAUACAAGGCGCAAGUGAAAAUGUAUCUGCCACCAGUAUUGAGGGAAUAUGAAGAUGUCGCAUUUCCUUUGUUGCUUUUCGUAGAUGCAGCCCCUUUUUCUCAAACAGUAUCUGCUAAAUGGGAAAUUAAUUGGGCCUGGUAUCUAGCUAGUACAAGAAGUUAUAUAGUGGCUCAAAUCGAUGCACGUGGAUCAGGAUAUCAAGGUAUCAAAAUGAGAAGCGAAAUCCAAAAAAGACUAGGAACCGUCGAAAUUCAAGAUCAGCUCAACGUUUUAACUUAUCUCCGAGAUACAUUCAAAUUCAUAGACCGAGGUAAAAUUUGUACCUUCGGAAAAGGUUAUGGGGGUUAUGCUUCCAUAAUGAUGAUGAUACAGGAUUUUCAUGAAGUCAUAAACUGUUCUAUCAGCCUAUCACCCAUAACAAGUUGGAUGAAUUAUAAUUCCUACUACACGGAGAAGUUUAUGGGCUUUCCUUCGAAAUAUCCUCAAGCUUAUGAAAACGCUGAUUUGAACUCAAAAUCAGGCAGCUUAACAGAUCGACGAUUCUUCCUAAUACACGGUACUUCCGAUUCGACUGUAACUUCGCAACAUUCUUUGAUGUUUGCCAAAUCUCUGAUUCAGCGUGAUGUACUUUUCCAACAAUUAGCGUAUCCAGAUGAAACCCACGAAUUUACAAAACAUACCACCAUACACAUGUUAAAACAGAUCGAGCGAUUUCUAAAUGAUUCUUUCGGACCCGUCAUGGACGAAUGGAGCGAUACCGAAACCAGUUUUUUCAUACAAUGAAUUCUAAAAUAUUUUGCUAUCGAAAUUUUUAAUUUUAUCGGACAACAAAAUUUUUCGGAUUGCAUGAAAUUGAUUUCUUGAUUGAUGGAAAAUAUAUAUUCAUGAAUUUCAAUGUAA